UCGAUGCUCCAGUCGGCAGCACUGAUCUGCAAUGACCUGGAUAUCAGCACGUAGCUUCAACCUACCAUAAAUCCAAGUCCAUCGGAGAGGCUGGCCUAUGACGUGUUGUGCGGCAUUUUAGUCAAAGACGGGCGGUUUCGAGAAGAGUGACAUUUACACAGCCCCCUUCUUGGCAGGUCGAAAUCCAGACGGUGGUCGCCGCUAACUACACGGCCAGCGGACCUCAAAAUGCUCGCGCACUCUCUUUGACCCACGAAAUUUCAUCUUUUAGGGUCUUGCAUCCCUCGAGUCUCAAUGGUUCAGGAUGUCUUCUCGCUGCACAACAUCGUCGGCCGCGACGAGACAGCAUUUCCGUUUUCCCUCAAGGACUACCAGAAAUAUGUAUUUGGUGACGACCGACUAGCGCAUCGCUUGGGCACGGACCUAGCUCGAGCCUUCAUUCCCACCAUCUCGAACCCUACAGACGACUUCGCAGUUGCCGUGCUAUCCGAAAAAGUCCCCACGGCCACGCAUAGCCUGCGCAAUCACUUUGUGGCUUACCUGAACCGGCAUCUCAUAGCGAAUAAUGCAACUCCGGCCCUCAAAAUCGACUUUCACGAUGCGGGGGCGAAUGCACAUGCGCGGAACGGUCCGGACUGCAAGAAAAAAAGCUCAUAUCACAUCGAUGUUGAACGAGUGGGGAGCAGGACUCUAAUCGUACUGGCUGAAAUCCGGACAAGCCAAGAACGCGAGGACCGGAUACGAUCAUCGUUCGGGGAGCGUGGCAUAACGACUGUUUUCGCCUAUCUUGCAUCCCUGAGCGGCUCCGCAACGACUGCGGCGAUCUCGUCCUUCUUGUCUCAAGUCGUCAGCCCAUCUAUGAGAGACAUCGAGGACAUUGCGCAUGCCACCAAAUUCGUCAUGAAUGAAUGCUUUGUUCAAUUCGUACUGGGGAGGGAGUAUGCAGAGUUCUGCAAAUUCAUAAGACGACAAGACGAUUACUUCGCGAGGGAGUUGUUAGAUCAUGCUAUCGGUGGUCAUUACUACAACCAUGAGGAUUACGAACAUAAUGUACAGUUUCUGAUAUGGGAGACCGAGGCGCGGGAAAGUGUUUAAUGACGGAAUUUUGUGCGGUAACACGGCAAUGGCGAAUGGCGACGGACUUUACGAGCGAGCGAGCGAGCGACGGCGAUGUUAGCGUUUCCUCCAACAUUUUCGUACAUCCUCUUAUAUACCCAUAUACUGGUCCACGCUUUCACUUCUUGUAUCGUCAGGUCCAUCCUCAGCCUUACGAAACCGCGUUGUCGUAGCAUGCCCCCACAUCCAUCAAACUCAUAUUUGAGCAACA